AUGUUAUCUCAACUGCUCUCUCCUUCAAAACUAAAAACACUUACUUUUAAAUCGAUAUCAUCGAGAUCAUCAAUAUCAUCAACAUUAUUCACAAACCAACUAUCAUCAUCACUAUCAACUUUGACUCUAUCCUAUCAACUCAACACCACUCAACAACAACAACAACAACAACUCAAAGACCAUCAUCAUCGAUGGUUCUCUACAUCAAAUAGAAAUAGUACAUUUGAUGAUAAUAUCUGUUUGGUUCAAGUGAAUAACCAUUCAAUUACAUCAUCACCAUCACCAACAACGGUAGAUCAAAUAGAUAAAUUAAGUAUAAGAUUAUAUAAUCGUCAACAUUAUCUAUGUCUUUCCCUUUCUAACACCCGCUCUUUUUUUACCUCCCAACUAGUUGUAUUCUCUGAAACUAAUCAAGAUGAUAUCAUUGAUUGGUUUAUCAAUACUUAUGGUAUGCCAAAGUCAUCAUCACCAUCUAAACUCGUCGAUACCACCUUGCCUCUCAGAGGAAGAGAUUUUGUGCUUGAAUGGGUAUAUGAUUACAUCAAGGCUGCCUAUACUGCCGAUCGUGACCCCAGACAACCAAUUAUCGUAAUUGUUGGUGCACCUGGAAUGGGAAAGACCAGACUAAUGGAAUCUAUCGGUGAUUACAUCUCAACCAGAGAUAAUAGUACUCUUCCAAAACACCAUCUAGAUUUGUCAAUAUCAUUUGGUAGUCGUACACCCUAUUGUCCAUCACUAGACAGUGAUCCCAGUCUAUCAAUUUGCUCCAGAAUACUUUAUCGAUACUUUGUUGAAGGAUCUGGUGUCUCAUUCCAAUCAUUUGUUGAAACAAUCAAAAGUUACAUAUGGUCCGUACAAAUCAAACUCGACCAGACUCAAAAUCCAUACGAAAGAUCAUCAAACCUCGAAGCCAUUGUCAAAUCUAUAUCAAACAAUCUAUUAAAUAGAGACCAAUCUAGUCCCAUAUUUUGCAAUGUCAUAAUGACUGGAUCGAUAUCACAUGGUGAUUUAUGUAUGGCUGUUCCGGCUACACGCAGUUUAUAUGUUACUAUAUCCAGCACUCUCAGCCAAAAAGAGUAUAUGUACAUUGCAAGGAAAAUGAUUGGAAGAAAGAAAUCCAAUCUACCUCAAGUCAAAAGAGCAUUAAGGUUCAUGGGUGGAUGGCCAAGUGCUCUCGAUAUUUUUUUCAAAUCAAUUCCAAGUGACUUGGAUAGUGUCAAUACAUCGCAGUUGUUAGAACUAUGUGAUGGUCCAUUGAACAAACUGUACCCAAAUCAAAUGGAUCAAACAAUGACUGAUAUCAUUACACACUCUAUUGCUGGUAUUAUACACGAUGGGUUCGAAGAACAUGAAAUCAAAUCACCACCAUUUUUCAGCCUCAAACACUCAUACUGCUUCACAUUCUCUUGUUUCGAAUCGAUUUCCGUUCCACUCAACUUUAUCAGAAGACACCUAAAUACAUUUGAUGGAAAUCAAACACGUCCAGCAUUUAUGGUGCCACUUGGCAAAGUCAUUAAACUAUUAGAGACUGAAGAUAUGAAUGAUAGAUCGUGGCAAGAACUGAAUGAACAUUUUUUGUCAAGCAAACUCUCGGCUCUCAAAGAGGUUGAAUUGGAGUAUGUCACACUGAAAGAUAUCUAUGGUGAUGCAGUCUAUUUCUAUCCGGAAAUGAAAGAUAUGUGCUAUACUACUCGAGAUGAUGUUGUUUAUCUUGGAGAUUCAAAACUUUUAAAAGGUAAAGACCCCAAAUUUACAACACAGGAUUUAAAAGGUGUAUUGGAAAACAUUCAAAAAGCAGCCACUAAAAUGGGAAACAGUCAAUAUAUAGUUGUAAUCUAUACAAAUGGAUACAUCACUCAAAGAAUGCUCAACUAUGAUUUCCCAAAUGUACUUGGAGACCAAAGGGCUAUUGUCAUUUGUAACAGAUUCAUAAGACCAAGGAGAAUAACCGAACAUACCAUCGACAAGAUAUUUGAUAACAGAUUUGAUAUUACAUUAUUACCUCUUCAAUAA